GCCCCCUGCAGGCCGAGCUCGGCGGAGAAGGAGAAACGAGAAGGAGGCGUGUGGUGACAUUCGGCUCCAGAGAUCAACCCCCGUUCGCAUUGUUGGACAGAUAAACAGCAGCCGUGCCCCGCCGCGCCCCCACCCCCAGCGGCGCCGUCAUGUGGCAGGAGGCCCGCAAACACGAGCGCAAGCUCCGUGGCAUGAUGGUCGACUACAAGCGCCGUGGCGAGCGCCGCCGAGAGUACUACGAGAAGAUCAAAAAAGAUCCUGCCCAGUUUCUACAAGUUCACGGCCGAUCCUACAAGAUCCACCUGGACCCGGCUGUGGCGCUGGCUGCAGAAAGCCCCGCCAACAUGAUGCCUUGGCAGGGAGAUGCCAACAACAUGAUUGACAGAUUUGACGUGAGGGCUCACCUGGACUACAUCCCGACUUACACGCCCCCUCUGCUCACCACACCAACCCCAGAGCACGAGAUGGAGGAGAGGAAGUGCAAUUAUGAGCGCUACAGAGGGCUCGUGCAGAAUGAUUUUGCCAACAUCUCAGAGGAGCAGUGUUUGUAUCAGAUCUACCUGGACGAGCUCUACGGUGGCCUGGCCAAGCCAAAUGAGGAUGAGAAGAAGAAACUGUCCGAGAAAAAGGUCGCCAUUGGUUACACGUACGAAGACAGCACCGUGACGGAGCCUCACUCACAGUCGGACAAAGAAGACGACAACUCUGAGAACAGCGAAUCCGAGGAGGACGAAGGCAUUCCUGACAUUGAUGUGGAGGUUGAUGUUGACGAGCUGACGGCGGAACAGCUGUUGGAUCUAAACAAAAUGGCGACUCCGUAUGGAAUGGCUGAAGGCGACUUCGUCAGGAUGUUGAAGAAAGACAAGGAGGAAGUGGAGGCCAUUAAACAUGCCAAAGCUCUGGAGGCUGAGAAGGCCAUGUACUCUGGCCGUCGCUCUCGCAGACAGAGGAGAGAGUUUAGAGAGAAGAGGCUAAAGGGUAGACAGAUCAGUCCACCAAGCUAUGCCAGAAGAGACAGCCCAACAUACGACCCCUACAAACGGCCAGAGUCGGAGUCCAGCUCUGAAUCCCGGUCACGAUCUCGUACUCCCGGUCCGGAGAAGAUCACGUUCAUCACCAGCUUCGGAGGCAGCGACGACGAAGCUGCAGCCGCCACACAAACCGCCGCCCCUCACUCUGGCCACGCCCCCUCCAGCUUGCAGCACUCUGCAGGUCAUAGCAGGGGCUCCCGGAGACGAAGGUCAUCCUCAAGCAGCUCCUCUUCCUCCUCCUCCUCCUCCUCACGCUCCUCGUCCCGGUCCUCCUCUCGGUCAUCUUCCCGUUCGCGCAGAGCACGGCGAGGACACGGCAGAAGAGACAGCCGGCGCUCUCGGAGUCCUUCGCGGUCGAGACGGCGCUCCAGGUCUCGCUCCAGGGGCAGAGGAGGGAACGGAGCGUCCUGGAGGAGGCGUGACCGGACAAGAUCGCGCUCCAACGAAAGAGACAGGGACAGAGGCAGAGACAGGGACAGAGACAGAGGCAGAGACAGGGACAGGAGACGGUUUUCAGCACGACGACGAACGAGGUCUCGCUCCAGUUCCAGGCAGGGCGGCAGUUUGAGGCAGGGAGCUUGGAGCAGUCGAGGACACCGUCGGAGAGACAGCGACAGCCGCAGUCCCUCUCCUUCUCCAACCCGCCCGCCCCACAGUCCCUCUCCCACCCACAGGGGGUCCCAGCCUGCUGCCAACACCAUCUCUGACAAACUGAGAAAGCCUGACACUCCGGGUGGUAAAGAGACGGGAGCUGCCAAAGUCACGACUGGCCGUAGAGACGAUGGUGUAGAAUCAGUAUUUCAGCUAGAGAUGCACCGACAGCCCAAGCUGACCCCCCAGGAGCGGCUGAAGCUACGGAUGCAGAAGGCGCUCAACAAGCAAUCCAAGGCGGAUAAGAAAGCCGCUCAAGUGAAGAUCCAGCAGCAGGAACACAAACGGCAGGAGCGAGAAGGAGAACUGCGAGCCAUGGCACGCAAGAUUCGUAUGAAGGAGCGUGAGCGACGCGAGAAAGAGAGGGACGAAUGGGAAAGGCAGUACGGACGACAGAGCCACUCGCCCUCCCCCUCCAAACACGGCCGGGAACACAGCUCAUACAAAAGGUCGCGGUCUCGCUCUCGCUCUCGCUCUCGGAGUCCACCUUAUAGAUACUGAACUGGACAGAUGAAGAUGAGGCUCAUCCCCGGAACAACAUCAACUUCACUGACUGACUGGUUAUUGGAUCCAUGGCUCCAUUUGCAUCAUCUUGUGCCGUUCAUGUGUAAAACAUUGACUGUGAUUCCCUAAUCCCACUGAAUCAGAGACGAUUUCUUUAAUCUGCCCUUUUAAUUUCUGCUUCAUCUUGUUGAAGGCUUUUUGGUUUCUUCACGUCUGCAUGUAAGCUCUUUGUUUUUUUUUCAUCUUCCUGCUCAGUUUUUCAGAAGACAUGUUUUUUUUUUUUUUUUCAAAAUGUGAGAUGCUAAGCAAUAAUAGGAGCUUUAAAAGUUAUCCUCUUGGUGUUUUUAAGAUCUGCUCUCACCCAAAAAUAUGUUUUUUUUUUCUGAAAGAGCAAAAACUGAAACUAAACAUUGAACUUAAAUUUUGGCUUUUUUUGAAAAAGAGAUUUCCAAAAAUAAUAAAACCAUUUCACAAAAGCAGACCAGGUUUGUGCAUUCGAUUGCUCGUUUUUUACUCUGUCCUCAACCGGCUAAUGACACCAAACAACUUUUUUUUCUCACUGUAACAUGAACAAGUAAAUAGAACAAAUAAAACUCACUUUGAAAUUA